GAAUGUGAGAGUGAAUGGUUGUUUGUCGAUUCCCUGCCAACCAGUCUAGAGUGUACCCCAUAUCUCUCUCAAAGUCAGCUGGGAUAGGCUCCAGCAUAGAACUGCGACAUUAUGAAAAAGAACUACUUUUAAUACAAUGUCAGGUAUCCCUCGUUUAUCAUGGUUAUAUGCUUCCAAGCCCGACCGCGAUACCACAAAGUAGGAUUUUGUAGCUAUAGCAUAGAAAAAUACCUUCUAAAUAAUUUUAAAAAAAUCAUUAUUAGAGCCCUGUAGAUAUUAAAUAACUCCCCUAUAGUCACAUUUACACUCCUCUUGGUUGUUGUUUAUGCUAUGGAAUCACCUGAGGGAUGUAAGAGGCAUAAAUAGCAGGCUACCAAUCUAACCAGUUAGCCUCUGAUUUAUUCUAAACUUAACAAAAGAAGUCAACAACUUACCACUUCCACACGGAAUGAGAAACUUUUUUUUCUGUAUGUAUUGAUCACACGGUUAAUGUUUACUAGAUUAAUAUCAAAGGGAUUGAAAAUAAAAAUAUGUUUGGCAAAACAUUUCAUACAACUUUUUGUUAAAAGCAUGUAAAUGUGACAUGUCUUUAUUCAGAAAAGGCACUUAUAAAUGACAUGAUUAUUGUAUUAUUACAUGAUUAUUAUGAAAUAAGCACUCUAAAUUGCCUGGAGGUAUGAAUGUGAGAGUGAAUGGUUGUUUGUCGAUUUCCUGCCAACCAGUCUAGGGUGUACCGUGCCGCUCUCUCAAAGUCAGCUGGGAUAGGUUCCAGCAUAGAAAUGCGACCCUGGUGAGAACAAGUGGUACAGUAAAUUGAUAGAGAAUUAGUACAUUUGUUAUAAUUUAUGACUAAGUGUAGAUGAAUUCAAACCGUGCUAUUUUUCACACAUGACUACAAAACCACAGAAACACUUUUACUGGUAGUAAAUGUGAAUCCAAUGAAAAUCAAGUCAAGAAAAAACAUACACGGUAAAUUUGUAAACCUCCCACAUGAACUUGACUUGUGUUGUGAAACGUGUGAUGAACGAACCCACAACGAGCCGACAAACCUGUUUGUCAAGAUGUCUGACACACACAUCAUGGACUGACCAGACGUCACGCAACUAACCACUUUUCCACCAAGCUUUCAUGUCGAUGAUCACACCGUACGUGACGGAGGACCUCCAUGAGUAAGAAACGUGGAUGACAAUGGAAUUUGCUUGUGACUUUGUGUAUGUGCCUCCGUCGCCCACUCCAAACGACAGCCAACGAUCCAAUGGAAAUCUCAUCAAACGUUCAGCUCUUCUGCCUCCCGUUAACUGGGUCCGCCCUCAAAGUCCUCCUCCUCCUCCGCCUGUCAACGCCACAGAGGUCAAGGUGCCCGAACAGAAGAGAGUCGGGAAGAGCCAUGACAAUUUGCACUCUGAGGACAAACCCCCUUUGAGUGUGACGCUUCCACCGACGGCACCCACUCGGAAGACAGCUUUGCUUCCACCCCACUUGAGAUCUACACCGAAUUCCCAGUCUCCUUCCAACACGUUCUUGUACGACAACAUGGAAUCGAGUCCCUUUGAGGCCGAAAACCCACAAAGUACCCCAGAAGCCAACGUGAUAAUCCCCUCGGCUCCUCCUCUUCCUCCACGACCUUCGCUCAUGAAGUACAUGCCGGAGUACGUGGUGGUCUUACCUGCGGAUGCCUCCUCUGGGAAAGCACUUUUAUCCCCGGUUCAAGUCCCGCCACCUCCUGGUAAAGCAUUGGUAGAAGACAAGGGGCCGCUCCUGGGGAACCCUAAUGUGGUCCUUGUCAGUUUGGGUAAGAUCCUCUCAGAGGAAGUGCAGCACAAAGAAGGAAAACCUGCUCCCUGCUCCCAAUGCGGCGCUGUGCUGGACUCCGUUUAUGACACUCUGACGAAUGGCUGUUAUUUCUGCCAAACCCUCGACUUGAGCAGCACAACCAGGAACCAACAAAGCGUCCCUACCGGAUUAGCGCACGGCCUCUACUUGCUUAGUCCGCAUGAAAAACCCCCGAGUGCCUCUCAGCCUCUGCUCAUCUUCUGCAUUGACAUCUCCGCCUCCAUGAGCAUCACCUCGCAGGUGUUUCCGGGGGAGCACAGAUCACGGCUGGAGUUUGUCCAGGAAGCUGUUCUAUUGUGUGUUCAGAAGCUGAGUGAACAACAACCUCAGACACCCGUGGGGCUCAUCUCUUUCAACUAUCAGGUGGAAGUGCACGGGUAUGGAGAUUUCCGAUCACGUGUUCUAAGUGGAAAUGAGUUAGUGGACGAUAACUACCUGAAAGUCGCCGCCGCUGCUUUCCCUACUCCUCCUCCUCUGUCACAGAUCAAGAACUUCUUGCAGCAACAAGUUACAGCACUUUCUGCUGUUGGGACCACGGCGCUGGGGCCGGCUGCUCUAGUCGCCAUUACAAUGGCCUCCAGACAUCCAGGCUCCAAGGUGAUCAUCUGUACCGAUGGGAAGGCCAACACAAUGUUGGGAAACCUGGAAGUGGAGGACAACGAUGCUCGCACGCUACUGUCAUCUACCAUCUUCUACCAAAACCUGGGGGAAUUUGCUUCUAAUCAAGGCGUGACCGUGUCGGUGCUGUCCAUAGAAGGAACUGACUGCAGGCUGGAUGAGCUGGGAAGACUUGCCGAUCGCACGGGAGGGAAAGUGGUGAUAGCAAGUCCCAAGAUGCUCCAUCCCGAGUUUGAGCAGAUCAUCGAGAACAGCACCAUCGCCACACACUGCACCGUCACGCUGCUGCUGCCCAAAUCGCUGUGCAUGAAAGGCGAGAAAGAGGCUGGACACAAAGCAACCAGAAAGGUGGGGAACGUGCACUUGGAUACAGAGAUCACCUUCCAGUUUAUAGCCAGUAGAGAUGGCGUGUUGCCGCCACUUUCUGGCAGCCGUGUGUCCAUCCAGCUGCAGCUCAGAUACGUUAAGAGGAACGGACAGAGCAUGCUCAGAGUCUUCACCAUGGACCGAAAUGUAACCGAUGAAAGCAUGGUGGCGCUGUCCUCUGUAUCUCUGCCCAUCAUUCAGCUCAACUCCUCGCAGGCCAGCGCCGCUCUGGCCGUCAGAGGCCGCUUCCUCGACGCCAGGCUUGAGAGCGAACAACAGAUGAAGCUGAUCGAGAGAGUCAUAGAGCACAACCGCAGUUCAGAGGACCGAGAGACGUACAAAGAAUGGGUCAUCACCAUGGAGCCCAUCUACAACAACAUCCAUAACUUCACAAGGGCUCGAUCUGCAACAUCAGACUGUCAGUCUCUAACAGACGCCGGCGCAGUCCUGCUUUACGCUAUGAAGCACAGCAACAGGAAGACUAUCAUGAUAAAGAACAAACAGGGAAUCUAGCCAACAUCCAGCCUUAACUUUCACCUCGUUGGACGCAACCCAAACACUGAAAGACACACACACGCAUACACGCAAACUGCUGAAAGGCCGUGUUGCAUUCAGCUGGUUCGCUCUAGGAAUUGUUCCGCAGGACAAAGAGGGUCUAAGUGACAAAGAGCAAAGAGCCCCUUGCAGGUAUGGAGACCUGUUAAUUGUUAGUGGCUCACAUUUUGAAUGAAAAACCGUAUCGCUCUAAGAUGUAAGAUAACGCUACGACUCCUGAACGACUCCACGGGAGGAUUAAAUGUAGUCCAAAUACGCACCUCGCCUAUGCUGACUGUGCUAUGACUUUCCUGACGCAUAUGACGACACCACACGAUGGCCCUGGUAUUCAACUCCAUGAGCCCGACUUGCAAUUUCUCACACAAAAGCUCUACAAAACAUUCAUUCAUUUUCUACCGCUUUUUCCUCACGAGGGUCGCGGGGGGUGCUGGAGCCUAUCCCAGCUGUCUUCGGGCGAGAGGCGGGGUACACCCUGGACUGGUCGCCAGCCAAUCACAGGGCACAUAUAGACAAACAACCAUUCACACUCGCAUUCAUACCUAUGGACAAUUUGGAGUGGCUAAUUAACCUAGCAUGUUUUUGGAAUGUGGGAGGAAACCGGAGUACCCGGAGAAAACCCACACAUACACGGGGAGAACAUGCAAACUCCACACAGAGAUGGCCGAGGGCGGGGACCGAACCCUGGUCUCCUAGCUGUGAGGUCUGCGCACUAACCACCAGACCGCCGUGCCGCCCCUCUACAAAACAACCACUUUAAAAUGUACACAGCCAAUUAACGUAAUAUGCAUUUUUUUUUUAGAUGUGGAAGGGAACCAGAUUCAGACUGUGUGUGGCCAACAUGCUAACCACUCCCCACCGUGCCGUGUGCAUUUGUUAUUAGCAAAUACUAUACCACACCCUGAGAUUUUAUUUAAAAAUUUUAUUUUGGUUUUAUCCUCUUGUUGAAUAAUCUUUUUUUUUUUUUAAUCUUCCAGAUGAUAGUCAAUAUCAAUACUUCCACAGUAAAACAAGUAAAUGUACAAAGACGGACUUACAACAUAUGUGUAAAUAGGAAGUUAAUACAACACAAUGUUUACUAAAUAUUUAGUAAGAAAUCAUAGAAAAAGUUGGAAAGCUGAAAGUGCAAUCUUUUAUGAUUAUGACUAGACACAAUUAUAAGAAAAAAAAACUGUGAAAAAGACAGGAUUUGGAAAUGUACAUAUUUACAUACUGUAUGCACAGGAGCCAGAGCUUUUCAACCUGUCACUCACACACACAUCAGUGACUUAGCAUGAGGUCCUGAUACACAGACCGACUGGAAAAAGUGCCUGUCAACAUUAGCAAAUAACAUAGGAGGAGUUAUGAUGCUAAAAUUAGAUCGUGAUAAUCAAUGAAGCCUUGAGUCGAUUCCCACAGCCGCUUGUGCCAAAACGUGUCGUUGGAGAAAGACAGAGAUGAAGGUGAAAUAUGAAGCCUUGACACUGAAAAACAUGUUAUUUAAAAAAAAAAGUAUUGAAUUUUCUCUGGAAUAUUUUACUUGUUUCAUUAUCAAUACUUGAUAUGAUUUUCUCCAAUGUAAAAACGUAAUGGCUGUGUUUUGGCGCUAUGAAGUACUACCGUUAUUUCACACAUUUUCACCUGAUUUCCAAACAAGGAGAUUGUCAUCUUAUAUUAAGCGUCCUUUUUUUGUACAAAAACUUAAUUCUGGUGAGAAGUCGAGUUAUGGAUUUGAAAAGAUCAACACCACAAUAAUGACUAUUAUUGUGGCCCUCAAACUAUUUGAGGGCACUUGAGCACGUGUCAAGUCCUUCUUCCUUGAUCAAGUAGUCUGGUAGCGUCUGAAAACCGGCAGCAGACACGGUGGCAGGGACCGUGAGAGCGACGCCGCUGGCCUCCACAGCGCCGGGGGGCGACUCAUUAGGCGGUGGCGAGGGCAGCGGGUCAGUGUGGAUGAUGUUCAGGUCUUUGAGCGAUGUGGCCUGGUGAGUCCGUAAGUGCUUGCGUAGGUAGGCGGGGAACAGGAAGGCUUUCCCACAGUGGGAGCAACUGUGAGGUUUGCUGCUCGAGUGGAUCUUCUGGUGUUUGCGAAGACCGGCGCGGUUCAGGAAGCCUUUGCCGCAGCUGGGGCACACGUGAGGCCUGGGCUUCGGGUGCUGCUUCUCGUGCUCCUGCAGGUCUCCCGGUUGCGUGAACUCAGCCUGGCAGGUCCCGCACGUGUGCAAGCCCGCCGUCUUCCCCGCGCUCGGAGGAGCUUGGUCCAUGGCGUGGAGGUUCUCGUGGACUUGGACUUCAUCCCAUGUGCCAAAGGUGGUGUCGCAGUGAGUGCAGGAGAACUGCGGCAGGGUGGUGUGGCUGCUGAAGCCCGCUGCCUCCUCCGGUUCUUGUCUCUGCUGCUGCUGCUCCAACACGUGAGUCCUCUCGUGCUUGCGCAGGCUGGACGACACCACAAACGACUUCAAACACUCGCCGCAUUUAAAAGGACGCUCGCCCGAGUGGACGCGGCGGUGCUUGUUGAGGCUGGAGCGUUCCGUGAACGAUUUGUCGCACUCUGUGCAGGAAAAGGGUCGCAGACCCGUGUGGACCAGCAUGUGGCGCCGCAGGUCCCAGGACGCCACGAAGGCCUUGUCGCAGCUCUGACAUUUAUAAGGCCGCUCUCCGGAGUGAACCCGUUCGUGCACGGCCAAAUCCGCCGGCUGCCGGAAUCUUUUCGAGCAUUUAUCGCAGGGGUAGGGUUUGAAUCCGAGGUGGGCUCGCUGGUGCCGCCGGAAACUGGACGGGUCGGAGAACAUCUUGCCGCACUGCGGACACAGGAAGGGCUUCUCUCCGGAGUGCGUGCGGAGAUGAGACUGGUAGGAGGACAGCUGCGUGAAGCCUUUGCCGCACUGCUCGCAGCGGUACGGUUUGUUCUGGGAGUGGAUGCGCUGGUGGCAGACCAGAGAAGACGAGCGCGAGAAGGCCUUGCCGCAGUCGGAGCACAGGAACGGUUUCUCUCCGGUGUGGGAGCGCUCGUGGUUCUUCAAGUCCUUGAGCUCCGUGUAGGUUUUGCCACAUUCGUUGCAGGCGUACGGACGAUGACCCUGGUGGUUCCGUCUGUGCUUACGGAACACGGAGGGGUCGGCGAAACUCUUGCCGCAUUCGCCGCAAAAGUACGGCUUCUCUCCCGUGUGAGUGCGCAUGUGGACCUUGAGUUUGGACAAAGUGGGGUAGCUCUUGGAGCACUGGCGACACGAGUACGGGCGCUCGCCGCUGUGCUGCGUCAUAUGGAUCUUCAGGCAAAUGGCCUGCAUGAAGGCCUUGCCGCAUUCGGUGCAUACAAACGGUUUCUCUCCGGUGUGAGAGCGGCUGUGGUUGCGCAGCUCGGUGGGGGUCUUGUACGCCUUGUGGCAGUUCGGGCACUGAAAGGGUCGCUGGGCCGAGUGGGUGUUGACGUGUUUGGAGAGUUGCGCCUUGCUGGAGAAGGUUUUGGUGCACUGUGUGCACGUGUGCUCCUUCACGUGGGCUGAAACCCUGUGGCUGCGCAGUGCAGACACGCUUCUGAAGAACUCUGCGCAUGACGAGCACUUGAAUGAUAGUUUGGAUUUCGGGGGACGACCCCGGCCUCGCUUUUUCACAGGCGGAUCGGCGGCUGCCUCCUCUUGUUGACUCUCCUCGUCUUGUGCUGGAGUGAAAGGCGGGCUAGCGGGCUGAGGGGAUGCCAUCUUUAUGUCUGAAGAUUAAUUGCACAAAAACAUAUCCGUCAGAAUUACAGUGAUGCAUUCAUGUGACAGCAUGUUCUCAGUAUAACACAGAUUGAUUAUGUUGCACCAUUUUUUUAAAAAUAGUGUACGUUAUCAGGUGUAUUGAGCGUGUCACAAAAUGGCUGGCAUUAGGACCUUAGGGACAAUAAGCUAACCGAUUAGACGGCAGGGGAAGUCAGCUGUAAUUAUUAUUUUUGGAACGUUUAAUAGGACUACAAGGUGCCAGCGACAGUGACGAUAUAUAGACGUCAUGGUGUUAAUUAAUCCUGGCGAGAAAUUGCGUAUCCCCUUCAGUUAGCUUCCAUGCUAAUUUAAUUCGGAGUGACACAAAAUGGCUGGCUUUAGGACCGCCUGCACCAGUUGGCAUCAUUCAUGCGGGUUGACUAGGCUAACAUCGCCUUACGUUUUAAUAAUUGGAUUCUAUUUAACAAGCGACUUGCAUCCUCACCUGAGCAUUAAUGGCGGAAAAAGGGAGCCACACUACUCCAUUUCUUGUCGGACGAGGUGGUUCGUUUUGAGUGUGUGUGUGUGUGUGUGUGUGUGUGUGUGUGUGUGUGUGUGUGAGAAAGAGAGAGAGACUGCGUGUCUACAGUUCGGCGCUAGGACCAAGAUG